CACGUGUUUUCGUAGCCCCGUUGGAGUCCUCGAAUUAUCGUCUCCAUCUGGACUCAAUCACCAGAGUUCUCAUCCUCUUCCGUUCCCCGCCGGCGAAUCGGCGAUCUUUCCUCUCCUACUAGAUUUCGGUUCUUCUGAAUCCAUUUCUUAUCUUUAACUGAUUUUCCGGCGGAUUACCUUAGCGUAAUCCGUUUAAUUUUAUUUACAUUUUCACACUUGAGCUGAAUCUGAUUUGCUCACUUAUCUGUGGAUGUCGAUUUCAGUGUUCGAAUUUUGUUGAUAUAUUGUGAAUCGGUGAAUAGAUUUGAGUGAAUAUGAUGGGGUAUGAGAAUCAGGGCUUCGAGGAGGCCCAUCUAUAUGCAUCGAAGGAAGAAAUGGAGUCUCUCGUCCUCGACGACGAUCCGGAUGGCUCCUCCAACGGCCGGAAGCCGUUCUCCGACCCGUUAUCAGCUUCAUCCUUGCCUUUCGCUGAAAUUGCUACCGACGACGAUCCCCUGCACCCUCGCCCGAGUCAAAGUCAAAACCCUAACUCCUUCAAUUCCAUCCUCGAGCCUCCGUCUUAUGCUGACGCCAUUUUCCGGUCCUUUGACGCCGACCAUACUUUGCCGGAAGUUAACGGGCAUGACCAGUCCGGCGCAUCGCCUUCGUCGUCUUCGUCAACGCCAAUGUCCGAGUACCUUCAUAUCACUGUCUCCGAUCCGCAGAAGGAGCAGGAGCUCACGAAUUCGCUUGUUCCGGGAGGGAGUACUUACGUUACCUACCUAAUUACUACGAGGACGAACUUACCUCACUUCAGCGGAACCGAAUUUAGCAUCCGAAGGAGAUUCAGGGACGUGGUGACAUUGUCAGACCGGUUAUCAGAAGCGUAUCGAGGGUUUUUCAUCCCUGUAAGGCCGGAUAAGAGUGUGGUAGAGAGUCAGGUGAUGCAGAAGCAUGAAUUUGUGGAGCAGCGGAGAGCGGCGUUGGAGAAGUACUUGCAGAGGCUGGCAGCACAUCCAGUGAUUCGGACCAGCGAGGAAUUGAGACUGUUUUUGGAGGUGCAGGGGAAACUGCCACUGGUGAGAACAACUGAUGCAGCAUCUAGGAUGCUGGGCGGGCAGUGAAUCUGCCCCGGCAAC